AUGAAAGCAGAAGUUGGAUCAAUGUCUGUGGACCUCUCGCCUUCCUCGCGUUCAGAUGCUUCUCAGGAUCAGCCCAAGAAAGGCGAAAAGACUCCUGUCGCUGCGCGGAUCCGUGCUUCGUUUACACCAAAUCUUUUCAGCUCUUUCGAGCAGUUUGACAAGUCACUGAAGAGAGUCGCAGCUCGUGCAGAUUCAGCCCACAGGAAGAGGAAGUACGCCAGCGUCAGACAAAAGGAUUCUUUGAAGGGAGCAAGAGAAGGGUGCUUGAAGCGUAUUGUGAAGCACUCGGGCUUUGACUUCUUCUUCGCCUUCGUUGUUCUCAGCAAUUCAAUCUUUAUAGGUGUGGAAGUACAGCUGGGUCUCGAAAUUCAGGGGUCACGACCGCUUGCCAUCUACAUCUUCCAGUACGCCUACACUUUCUUGUUUUCCGUGGAGCUCGGCUUGAGGCUUCUGGCUGACUGGCGCUUUUACCUGUGCGAUGAAUGGAUGUGGACAUGGUUGGACAUUUUUAUUGUUCUCAGCUCGUUGUGGGAGCUUGCCGUAGAUCUCAUCUAUGUCUGGAGCGGGAGCCAGGCAGCUGAGCCAGAGAGAUUCGCAGGGGUCAUCAACUUGAAAGCGCUCCGAGUGAUACGUGUCACUCGCAUCGUGAAGGCUGUUCGCCUGAUGCGGAUUUUCCGCUUUGUGAUGGCUCUAAGGACUCUGAUCACAUCGAUCCUUCAUACCUUGCAAUCUCUUUUUUGGGCUUUGGCACUUUUGGUGCUGAUUGUUUACGUCUUCGCAGUAUUAUUCGUGCAGGCAGUGCAAGAUCACAUCCUCAACCCGGACAACCCUGCUCUGCCCGAGAGAGAGAUGCUGGCGAGCCAGCGGUAUUUCUCCUCACUGCCGGACACCAUGUUGUUAGCAGCUUCUCCUGCGCCUCCAGCCACAGCAGAGUGGCACGGUCGCUGCGGGCUCGUCACGGGUGCCAGGCAGGACCUGGCCGCCAACCAUGACGUCAAUUACACCGGCCGCCCUGGAUUGAUUGUGGAAAAUGCCACAACUCAGUCUAACGGCCCCCCAGAGAUGACCCGCAACGGGAAAAAAUGGCAGCUGACAAUCGAUGUGCCUCGCAGCGGGCGGCAGAUUGCAGAUGCGCUGAGCGAAUAUGGCUCCGUGGAUGUGGUCACCCAAGAACUUCGUGACUUGUACACAAGCUUUGGUUUCACGAAAGGACUCACUUUGGUUUUGUCAGCUGAUGCAAUGAAUCAGCUUGGCAUCACACUGAGCAGGUGGCAGGUGGGAAAGACAGGAAUGGCAGAAACAAAGUUCAAGUUUGGUAGGGACUGGAUGGCGGAAGAACUGGUUGAUUUCCUCAAACAACAAGGACCAAGGAAGACAUGGGAUGAAAUUAAGGAUCAGCCUCCACAGACGGCCAACACGCGGGGGCGCCCCGCGAAGAGGCAGGCCAAAGAACCCGAUGAGCGACAUCGGUCCAGAUCUGCCGCUGAGAAGCCCGAAAAGGGCGAUGAAAAUAAGGACCCAAUGGAAGUCGAAAAAACGCAGUUGGACUCUCAGACUCAGCCUGAAGCGAUUGACAAGCAGAGUUCAAAGCCAACCUCGCAGUCUCUUGGUAAUUUGACGGAUGCCUUAACCCAAAACUGGACGCUGGCCGAUCAAGGUGGAUGCGGUGACUGUGGGUACCGGGCAUUAAUAGACAACUUUCAUUAUCAAACCACUGGUGAGACUCUUUCCAAAGAAGAAUGCAUCAAAAAUGCCAAUCUAUUUCGUACGGAAGUGGUACGACAUGUUCGCAAACAUCAAGAUAGGUACGAAAACCAUGUCAGAGGUGGGAAAGAGGCCUUUCCUGCCUUUUGUGACAAUGCGUUGAAGCAAACUCACUGGAUAUGUGGACUGCUGCUGCAAGCAGCAGCAGAGGUGAAAUCAUGCUGCAUAGUGGUGUGGAAUCAAAAAGAUGAAGUUCUGGAAAGAUUCACUUUCGCUCCUGAGUGGAGUCCACAGGGGAUGCCCAGAAUGAAAAAAGAAGCACCAAUCCUGGUGGUGUACAGAAACGACAAACAUUAUCAAUCCGUCCGACCACCCCAGGAUCAGGACGGCAUGACUAAGGUGCCCAAACACUGGGCGCGAGAGACAGCCAAACCCGAGGCCGAAGCACUUGGAGGCGCUGGACCAAGCGUUGGAGAAUCGCCUAAAACCCUGCACACGCUCUCCCCUGGCUCUUCCCAUGCUCCUUCGCUCCAUACUCUCCCCGCCUCCUCCUUUCGCGGAUCCUCGGGUGGGGGUGUGAUGAUCACGCGCGCGCCGUCCCUGCACUCCUUGGUUCCUUCCGCGUCUUCUCCUCCGCGUCUGCGCGCGGUUGUGCACGGCCAUGCGGCGGGUGGUGGUUCUUCGGGUGCCCUUGCGCGACCCCAUCCUCCGCGCUCCCCCUCUCUUCUUACCUUGGCUGCCUCCCCUCACUCCUGCGACCGGUCGGGUACUAAGGACAAAGGCGCAGUCAAAAAUGACAACACAGAAUGCGACUUUCGCCCUGACACUGCUCCAUAUCCUCGACACCUCAAGCGGCUGGAUGCUAAAUCACAGUCCCGACCUCGGAACUUCCUGAAAGUGGCAGAGCCUGGAGUUGCCCAGAAUGCGGGAAAGGCGGCGCAAGCUGCAGGGCACUUAGUUACUGAGGUCCUUCCGCCGGAUGCCAUGCGAAACCGCGAUAUUGACUACUAUAUCAGUAACCUUGAGCCCACUGAGGUCGAAACGCUUCCUGAUGUUGACUGGCAGAUGCUUUCGCAAACUUUUUUUCAAGCCCUAGUUUGUGCAGUCAGGGCUGCUGCCCCUGACAUGCUGCAGCGAGUGUCUCCGGCCUUACUGAGGAUUCUCAGGGAAUUUUGGGCCGAUAUUUGGAAUAGACGUCAAAUCUCUUGGGAUGAUAUUUGGGAUGAUUUGGUUACUCACACUCCACCACGCCCUGCUCCUGACAGCUGGCCAAGCCUCACACCGGAACAACUCCGUUCUGCCACCAAGUGUAGCCGCGGCAGUGCGCCGGGGCUUGACGGCUGGAGAGCUGAGGAACUUAGUUUGUUCAGUGACGAAAUGUGGCAGGAUGCCGGCUGUCCUCCAGAAACAGUUUCCACUUCCAUCACCUUGUUGGGAUUCCAGUUCAUGGGAGUGACCCAAAGAAAAGCCAAAGACCGAGAACUGACAAGACUCACUGAGGCCAAAGAAGUUCUUCGAAAAUGUAGGCUCAGAGAUGCUUGGCGAAUCAGAAAAUAUGAGGAAUUCUUGGAACUUGACCGACCAGCGCCACGACGACUAGAACCACCUCCAUUCUAUUCUGGCGAUCGCCUCUGGCCUGCGCUGCGGCUGCGGGCAAGUGCGGGCAGCGUCAUUGUCUACAUCAUCAUCAGAUUUCAGGUAGCAGCUUCUCCUGCGCCUCCAGCCACAGCAGAGUGGCACGGUCGCUGCGGGCUCGUCACGGGUGCCAGGCAGGAGAGAAAAUUAACGUGGCAUGGCCCACGUUUGUUGCAGAAGAAUUUGAAAAGAAAAAUACAAAAGAAAAAGAAAAAGAACAAAAGUCAAAAAAGGAAGACAAAAAGAACCAAUUCAAGAAUUUGA